AUGACUCAUGAGAUUGCGCACCUCUCAGACAUGACAUCCUCCACCAGCGACACCCUUGCAACCCCAGUCCUUACAGGCCCAGAGAAUGUCCAGCUAUGGAAACUUCGCAUCACUGGAAAACUUUGCCGAGAGAAAGUACUGCGCAUUGUCACAGGUGCAGAUCCUGAUCCAACCAUUGCCACUACUGCUCCUGCCACUGCUCCUAAUGUCUCCACUGCCUCAGCCUCUUCUGCCCCACUUCCAUCAAUCACUAGCAGUAGCACGACAGACUCAUGGGCCACGCGCAAUGAAAAGCACAUGGUAUCAUCCAAGAUCAUAUCUCAGACGUGCUCCUCAUGA